AUGGCGUUCCAAUCCAUGAUCUCGGGCGCAGAAUGCUCGACGUCUAACAAUACAUUGUCGCAAUUUUUGAAGCAUACGCAAACAGAUCGCUCACUUCAGCAAGAUGCUAUGAUCGGUCCCACUGGCAUAUCGGCACGACCCGGGUUCCGUACACGCCCACCGCCACCCGCUGGUGUUCAAGACGUGGACAAAUUCUCCCGGCAGAGAGAAACUCCGAGAGCACCAGUCUUCGAUAUGCAUGCCAUGCACGCAGAAAUGGAGGCACUUCAUGCGCGCAUGCCACCACAGGUUCGAUCGUCGCCCAACGCUUGGGCGCAUGAACUGCAACAGCAACAAAAACAGCCCCAGCCUCCUCUAGAUCCAAGGAUCGCACACCAGCUAUCAGCACCGCAUCAAAUUGACUCUGGCCCAUCGUGGGGAAAGGAAUUUCAUGCUGACCUGUCAAGAAUGACUGAAAUGCGAGGUACCCGCGGCGAUACCAUGUCUUUGCGCGCGCCUGUGGGUGGGGGCAUGGGCGUCGGCAUGAAUAUGGGUAUGGGCAUGUAUGGAGUAGGACAGAGCGGCAUGUUCUUGGGUCACGGCAUGCUUUCCAAUAUGUCCCGCCCAGAGGCGCACGCCAACAAUCCGAGAGUCGUGGAACUCGAUCAUGCCAAAUGGGAUGAACAAUUUCGCCGCUUGGAAGAGGCCGACGCUGAGGCUCAGGCAGAAUUGCCGUCCCAGACGGAUUCAUCAAGUAGAGACCAAAUGCGCGAGCCUGAUGACAACGAGGCAUUGGCAUUAAAGGAGCUGCGUGAAAUGGAAGCGCGUCUUCGCGACGAAGUGCAGGAUGAAAAUCCUCGCUUCGAAGAAUUGUGGAAUGCACUCAAGGAUCCAAGUCUGCUGGAGAAGUCGGAUGACCUGGCCAAAUGGGAGGAGCAGCUGAUGGAGGCUGUCGCUGCGGAAGACCCGAUCAAUUCGACACAUCCCGGAGGUGGUCUGGGCCCCGGCGUCCUGGGUCUCGAAGAAGAAGAUGGACUCGGUGAAGCAGAAGCCUUACUGAGAAACGAGCUCAACGAGAUGGACGAGAGUGGCUUCCCGACGCUUGGUGCGUAUGAAUUUGAGGCAAACAAUCCAUUCGCGACGCAUCCCGCACCCUACGCCGAGGGUAUUCGCCUUGUGGAAAAUAAUGGCAACUUGACCGAUGCCACGCGUCUCUUCGAAGUCGCAACACAGCGCGAUCAAGACAACAUUUCCACCGAUGAAAUUGAUCGAACACGCGCAGAAAAGUCACGAGCAUGGCAAAAACUUGGCGAAACACAUGCAAUGAACGAGCACGAGGAAAAGGCAAUUCAGGCCCUGGUCCAGGCACUGAACAUUGAUGCGUCGAAUCUCGGGGCACAUCUCUCUCUGGCGGUCUCGUACAUCAACGAAGGGUAUGACCAAGCUGCCAAUGCGACACUACUCAAGUACAUGGCGCGCUCACGCCCGCAUCUCGCUCCGUCCAAUAACUUCCCGCCACUUGAAACGGAGCGCACGGAUCCUUGGGCACGUCUCAAUUAUGUGCGUGAUUUGUUCUUGAAGGCUGCCCGCGAAGAUGCAGCGCACGGUGUGAUGGAUCCCGAAAUCCAGGUGGGAUUGGGCCUGCUGUUCUAUUCAACCUCGAGCUACGAGCAGGCCAAAGACUGUUUCCAGGCCGCACUCGAGUCUCGUCCGAAUGAUUGGCAGUUGUGGAAUCGCCUCGGCGCCACGCUGGCCAAUGGUGGCAAUUCUGAGCUCGCCACGGAGGCAUAUCACCGUGCCUUAGAACUGCGCCCAUCUUUUACACGAGCAAUCUAUAAUCUCAGUGUCUCAUGUAUGAAUCUCGGCGCUCAUCACGAGGCUGCCGAACAUCUAUUGUCUGCUCUCGCGUUGCAGCGUUCACAGUCCGUGCCUGACACGCCGGCUUCUACAACGAUGCCACCGCCACUUUCGCAUGCCAGAGAGAGCGAAAGCCUGUGGAACACGCUGCGGAGCAUUAUGACUGUUAUGAAUCGCAUUGAUCUUGCGAAUCAGUGCCAUGUCGGGUCUGACUUGCAUGUGUUCCGCCGUGCUGGCUUUGAGUUUUAA